UAGAGGAGCGCACCGAACACAUCACUAGUGGAGCAGACUUCAUUUAGAGCGCCUAUAUCUCGGUUCAGCUCGUCUCUCUCUCUCGGAUGUUAUAUACCAAUGCAAAUACCAUCAGCAGGAGAUAACCGGGAUGUGUACGGAUGUGUAUGAGACAGACUUUUUUCCUCAAACUUGUAGCAACCUCCUCCAUUCAGUGAGUUGAGAGGUGGAUGAAACUUUUUUUUUUUUUGUGAAUGAGUAUCCCACCACCGCUGGCUGGCACAUCUGGACGCGUCGUCGGAGAGCUGUCAAGUCCAGUUUCCAACCGGACCUGACCUGACCCCCUUUUCCUCUUCUGAUUCGUCAACUUUAAAGGAGGAAUACUGGACUUUAAACUCUUCUCUUUCUUUAUUUUUACAACUUUUCUUUCAUAAUUACAAGGCACAAAAUGGAACACUUGGUCCUCAGAAUAGCAUGCGUCUUGGUGGUUAUCUGUCUCUUGGAUAAAAGGGUAGACUCCAACGAAAUCUUGGGCCUGAAGCUCCCCAACAUCGACCCGAUCCUGAAUGCCAACACGGUGUGUCUCACGCUGCCAGGUUUGACACGGCGCCAGCUGGAGGUGUGUAUGCGCAACCCAGACGUGACAGCUUCAGCAAUUCAGGGAAUCCAGAUUGCCAUCCACGAGUGCCAGCACCAGUUCAGAGGACACCGCUGGAACUGCUCCAGCCUGGAGACGAGGAACAAAAUACCCUACGACAGCAUAGUCUUUAAAAGAGGUUUCAGAGAGAGCGCCUUUGCGUAUGCCAUCGCAGCAGCAGGCGUGGUGCACGCAGUGGCCAACGCUUGCUCCAUGGGCAAACUGAAGGCGUGCAGCUGUGACGAGAAGCGGCGCGGGGACGAGGAGGCCUUUCGCAUCAAACUGCACCGUUUGCAACUGGAGGCCAUCCACCGAGGGAAGGGCAUGGUACACGGCGUCAUGGAGCACUUCCCCGCCGACCUGCCGGGACCCCAGGACUCCUGGGAGUGGGGCGGCUGCAGCCCCGACGUGGAAUUCGGCGAGAAGUUCUCCAGGGACUUCUUGGAUGCCCGCGAAACCUACAAGGACAUCCACGCCCGCAUGAGGCUGCAUAAUAACAGAGUUGGGAGACAGGUGGUGCUCGACCACAUGAGAAGGAAAUGCAAGUGCCACGGGACGUCGGGGAGCUGCCAGCUGAAGACCUGCUGGCAGGUCACCCCGGAGUUCCGGGUGGUGGGCUCCAUCCUCAAAGAGCGCUUCCACAUCGCCACGCUCAUCAAGGCUCACAACCGAAACACCGGACAGCUCGACCACUCCAACCACAACAACAACAACCACCACAGCCACCACAACCAUCACAACGACCACAACCACCACCACCAUCACCAUCAUCAGAGCAACCGCCACAACCACCACCACCAUACACACAGGCGGCGGCCGAGCGUCAACGAGCUGGUCUACUUUGAAAAGUCGCCAGAUUUCUGCGAGCGGGACCUGGGGUCGGACUCGGUGGGCACACAGGGCCGGAUCUGCAACAAGACCAGCCCUGGCAUGGACAACUGUGAGAGUCUGUGCUGCGGGAGAGGCCACAACAUCCUGCAGCAGACGCGGAGCGAACGCUGCAACUGCAAGUUUCACUGGUGCUGCUACGUGGUGUGCGAAGAAUGCAGGAUAACAGAGUGGGUCAGUGUCUGUAAAUGAAGAAACACACACUAAAAGACUGUACACAACAAAGAAAACAAAGAAAAAGAGACGUUUUUAAAAAUCAAGACUAUUCAUUUGAAAGGGGAAUAUGACUGUAAUAUAUGUGCCCCAUACCUUUUUGCGGUGGACUGCUGUUUUCCAGAAGAGCGAGGACAGAGUGUGUAGCAGUUGAGCCAGCAGAAAGAUAGAUAUGCAUGUUGGUAAAGAGGGUGCACAUGCGGGGUAUGUCUAAAGCUGCCACAACUCAGAGAGCUUGGAUGUUUACUGCCUUCCUCUUGAGAGAAAGGAACAUAUCAGAUAAAUAUCUGAAAGCUCUGAAUAUGAAAUCUGGGCUCAAAAAAACAACAACAUUAUUGUUGUUUCAUGUUGACUGACAUACAGCUGCAUGAUAUUCAGGUGAGCGUAGAGGGAGUUGAGAGUAAGCAGAUUGCAUGCAGAAAGAAAAUAAUAUUGCUUCCUAGCACCAGCAGUGUAUAAAGUGGAAAGGUUGAGACACAAAUAAACCUUUUUCACACAUCAGGAUUCACAAUGCACAGGAUUUGACACAGCACAACACACCUGGAGCACUUAAGGAUUUAGUGCCUUGUUCAAGGGCAGUUCAGUGUUUAUAGCAACUAUCAUGUCACACCUAAAAAAGACAGCAGGGGAUUGUCUGGUUUAACUGACACUGUGUAGAUGUAUCAGUCAAUGUUGUAUGCAUAAUGUGUAACCCUGCAGUAACAGUGAUGACACCCCUGAAUAAAUACAUUCACACGAGUCCCAAGACGGACUGGACUAUUUAAAUUAGAAGUUUCUGUAACACUUUAUAAUAACCAUCAUUUAUAAAUGGUAAAUUGAUAGUUAAUUAAAUUCAGUUAAUAGUUAUUUUACUUUUA